AUGGCGGCGCGUGUCGGCCUCCUGCUGCGUGCCCUGCCGCUGCUGCUGUGGGGCGGCCUGGACGCCCAGCUCGCCGAGCGCGGAGGCCAGGAGCUGCGCAGGGAAGCGGAGGCAUUCCUGGAGAAGUACGGAUAUCUCAAGGACCAGGUCCCCCAAGACCUCACCUCGACAAGAUUCAGCAAUGCCCUCAGAGAGUUCCAGUGGGUGUCCCAGCUGCCCAUCAGUGGCGUGCUGGAUACUGCCACCUUGCGCCAGAUGACACGGCCCCGCUGUGGGGUUGCAGACACAGACAGUCAGGCGGCCUGGACGGAGAGGAUCAGUGCCUUGUUUGCUGGACGCCUGGCCAGAAUGAGGCGGAAGAAACGCUUUGCAAAGCAAGGCAGCAAGUGGUACAAGCAGCACCUCUCCUACCGCCUGGUGAACUGGCCACAGCACCUACCCGAGCCAGCAGUUCGCGGGGCUGUUCGAGCUGCCUUCCAGCUGUGGAGCAAUGUCUCGGCGCUGGAGUUCUGGGAGGCCCCAGCCACAGUCCCCGCUGACAUCCGCCUCACCUUCUUCCAAGGGGACCACAACGACGGACUGGGCAACGCCUUUGAUGGCCCAGGGGGCGCCCUGGCGCACGCCUUCCUGCCCCGCCGUGGCGAAGCGCACUUCGACCGCGACGAGCGCUGGUCCCUGAGCCGCCGCCGCGGGCGCAACCUGUUCGUGGUGCUGGCGCACGAGAUCGGCCACACGCUCGGCCUGGCCCACUCGCCCGCGCCGCGCGCGCUCAUGGCGCCCUACUACAAGAGGCUGGGCCGCGACGCGCUGCUCAGCUGGGACGACGUGCUGGCGGUGCAGGACCUGUAUGGGAAGCCCCAGGGGGGCUCAGUGGCCAUCCAGCUCCCAGGAAAGCUGUUCACUGACUUCGAGGCCUGGGACCCCCACAGAACACAGGGAAGGCGCCCUGAAAUUCAGGGUCCUAAAUAUUGCCAUGCUUCCUUCGAUGCCAUCACUGUAGAUGGGCAACAGCGACUGUACGUUUUUCAAGGAAGCCACUUCUGGGAGGUGACACCGAAUGGCAAUGUCUCUGAGCCACACCCACUACAGGAGAGGUGGGCAGGGCUGCCCCCCCACAUUGAGGCUGCUGCAGUGUCACUGGAUGAUGGGGACUUCUACUUCUUCAAAGGGAGCCGAUGCUGGAGGUUCCGGGGCCCUAAGCCAGUGUGGAGUUCACCACAGCUGUGCCGGGCAGGAGGCCUGCCCCGCCACCCAGACGCGGCCCUCUUCUUCCCUCCUCUGGGUCGACUGAUACUCUUCAAGGGUGCCCGCUACUACAUGCUGGCCCGAGGUGGACUGCAGGUGGAGCCCUACUACCCCCGAGGCCUGCAGGACUGGGACGGUGUCCCUGAGGAGGUCAGUGGCGCCCUGCCCCGGCCCGACGGUUCUAUCAUCUUCUUCAGAGAUGACCGCUACUGGCGCCUUGACCAGACCAAACUGCAGGUGACGGACUCGGGCCGCUGGGCCACAGAGCUGCCCUGGAUGGGCUGCUGGCACGCCAACUCGGGGGGUGCCCUAUUUUGAAGACGCCCCCACCUCUUAGUGAAUUGAUGCCCUAUGGCCAACAUGUGUCCCCUGCCCCAGGGGCAAGCCCUGUCUUGGAAGCCUCUGAGCCUCCCUGCAGAAGACCAGACCACGUCUGCAUCUGUUCCCUGAAGAAUGUGCUCUCAAGACAUUGAACUUUGUGGGAUCAAUCCAAGCAGAAGCCGAAAAGGGUCUCAAACCUUUCCCCAAAAGACUUUCCUCCCUAAGCCUUGGGGAUUUUGUUCCUUCUGCUAAAGGUGCACUUCCUGUCCAUGAGGCUGUGGCACUGGGCAACCGGGGAGGAUGUAAAACUCCAUGGAGAGGUUGCGACCACUUGGCAACCUCUCCUUCCCCUCAGGACCUCCUGGCUCAGUUCUUGGAGAAUUGUCUUAAAUGAGAGGCCUCACCUCCAGGAAGCUUGGGUGGGUUGGGUACAAGGAUUUCCAACCUCAGAGAGCCUUGGGUGGGAGGGAAGGGGGUGGUUAGGACCCAGAGCAAGAGGGAGA